AUGACACCUGGAAAAUUUUGUCGGCUUCUAAUCUCGAGCAUCAUCCUUCUCCUUCUCCUCAAAAGGUGCGUCUUAUGCCUCAUAUGGUAUUUUGUGGGGUGUAGGGUUGUCAGCCGUGGGUCCACUUAAUGGUCUUUGUGGUCGCUCACUUGCUUGCAGGUGAGACUGCGCUUAGCGUCCACUUACUGGCACUCAACUCUUACCUGUGGCUCUACGUAGCUGUACUCUGCUUGCGUCGGCACCGUCGUGACGUGGUUCGUCUCUGACGCCGCUGGACAGCCGAUGGCGGGAUGGAUCUCCACAUCGACAUCGCCUUGACGCGCCCACCUACGCCGUCGGAGACCGCGGCUUACGACGAAUUCGAGUCGCUCUCCACUACAACGCGAAGUCGUGGUCCCAUAGUGGUGUUCGGCCGUGCCACAACGGCACAUGGCAGCCCUAUUCAGGGAUGGCACUUCCAGCCCCCACGAGGGGAAGGGCCUAGAAUAAGUGGCCUAAACAUUGCUGGGUACCACGCCGUCUCCAGUCUUGCCAGGGCCGCAGACGUCUAAUCAUGGUCGAAACAAUCAAAAUCGAAACACCAACAAUACCAAUACCAACACCAUCAAUUCUCAUUCUGUUCAUCCUACUCUCUUCUCUCUGCCUAUACUUCUCCUUCGUCACCGUCUUCUCCAUCUCCUUCCCGUCGCCCCACUCGUUGUCACCAGACUGGUAGGGUGAGCCCGCUCACUGUGGCAGCCUGGAAUGUUCGUUCCCUUUUAGACAAUCCGAGGAGCAACCGACCGGAACGGAGGACGGCGCUAGUGGCACGAGAACUGGCGCGCUAAAAGGUGGACAUCGCCGCACUCAUAGAGACCCAAUUCUCCGAACAAGGCCAACUGGAGGAGGUGGGUGCCGGCUACACCUUCUUCUGGAGCGGUCGACCCAGGGCAGAGCGACGGACGCGGGUGUCGCCUUCACCAUUCGGAACGACAUCGUGGGACGACUGCCCUGUUUGCCGCAGGGCAUCAACGAUCGCCUGAUGAGCCUCCGCCUGCCUCUCUGGGGAGGCAAAUUCGCCACCAUCAUCAGUGCCUACGCUCCGACGAUGACCAACAUCGACGCCGUCAGAGACAAAUUUUACGAGGACCUGAACGCACUCUUGGCGACUGUGUCGAAGGCGGACAAGUUGAUUGCCCUUGGUGACUUCAACGCCCGCGUCGGCACAGACCAUACUGCCCGGAGAGGAGUGCUGGGUCCCCACGGUCUCCGCGGCUCAAACGACAAUGGUCUGCUGCUUCUCCGCACCUGCGCAGAACACCGCCUCAUCCUGACGAACACCUUCUUCUGUCUGCCGGAGCGAGAGAAGGCCACCUGGAGGCAUCCUCGGUCGCGCCAGUGGCACCUGCUGGACUAUGUCCUCGUCCGGAGGCGAGAUCAGCGGGACGUGCUGGUGUCAAAGGCGAUCGCGGGCGCUGACGGGUGGACCGAACAUCGCCUCGUCAUCUCGAAGAUGCGUAUUCGCCUAGAGCCUGGCAUGAGACCACAAGGUAAGCUGAAUGUUGCCUUGUUGCCUUUGCCCGCUCACCAUCUUCAUUUCAGCAAUGAGCUAGCUCAAAGGCUAGACAACCUUCCUAUCGCUGCCGACGCCGCCGCUGCCGAGAUCGCCUCCGUUGAAAACCGCUGGUGUCAACUGCCAGAUACAUUCCAGUCGACGGCGCUCGCCAUCCUCGGUCGCGCUUCCCGCCAACACCAGGACUGGUUCGACGACAACGACGCCGUCAUCAGAAAUCUGCUUGCUGAGAAGAACCGCCUACACAACGCCUACGUAGAUCACCCCACUGAUGCCACCAAAGCUGCCUUCUACCGCAGUCGCCGCCAACUUCAGCAACGACUGCGCGAGACGCAGGACGCCUGGACUGCUCGCAAAGCUGAGGAGAUCCAAGGAUACGCGGACCACAACGAAUGGAAGAACGUCUUUUCUGCGAUCAAAGCUGUCUACGGUCCGCCGACGAAGGGCACUGCUCCUCUCCUCAGCGACGACGGCAACACUAUCCUGACUGAGAAGACGCAAAACCUACAUCGAUGGGCCGAGCAUUUCCGAGGCGUCCUUAACCGCCCCUCCGUCAUCUCUGACGCCGCCAUCGAGCGUUUGCCGCAAGUGGAGACCAACGUGGACCUCGACCUCCUGCCAUCUCUCCAGGAGACCAUCAGGGCCGUGCAGCAGCUCUCCAGCGGGAAAGCACCCGGAUCGGACGCAAUCCCUGCUCAGGUCUACAAGCACGUAGGUCCCCAACUGAUGGAUCACCUGACUGCGCUCUUCCAAGUGAUGUGGUGUCAAGGGUCCCGCAAGAUUUCAAAGACGCAACCAUCGUGCAUCUCUACAAGCGCAAAGGGAAUCGCCAAGUCUGCGACAACCACCGCGGCAUCUGCCUGCUAAACAUCGUCAGAAAGAUCUUCGCCCGCAUCCUUCUCAACCGCCUCAAUAACCGUCUGGAACAUAGUCUUCUGCCGAAAAGCCAAUGCGGCUUCCGUCGCGAUCGUGGGAGCACCGAUAUGAUCUUCGCCGCCGGUCAACUUCAGGAGAAGUGUCAAGAGAUGCGGACUCACCUGUACUCUACCUUCGUGGACCUGACGAAAGCCUUCGACACGGUGAAUCGUGAAGGACUGUGGAAGAUCAUGCAGAAAUUCGGCUGUCCGGAGCUAUUCACUCGAAUGGUGCGUCAGCUGCACGACGGUAUGAUGGCGCGAGUCACGGACAACGGAGCUGUCUCAGAGGCAUUCGCAGUGACCAAUGGAGUGAAGCAGGGCUGCGUACUGGCGCCUACCCUCUUUAGUCUUAUGUUCUCUGCCAUGCUGAUAGACGCCUACCGCGACGAACGCCCCGGGAUCCGCAUUGCCUACAGGACAGACGGUCACCUCCUGAAUCAACGGCGGAUGCACUCCCAAUCGCGCGUAUCCACAACCACAGUUCACGAACUCCUCUUCGCCGACGACUGCGCCCUAAACACCGCCUCGGAAGAGGACAUGCAACGCAGCAUGGACCUGUUCUCCGCCGCCUGCGCGAACUGCGGUCUGGUCAUUUACACGCAGAAGACGGUGGUGAUGCACCAAACGCCACCCAACUCAGCCACAGCCCCCAACGCGCCGCCGCAAAUCAGCGUGAACGUAACCAAACUGCAAGUGGUGGAGAACUUCUCGUACCUGGGCAGUACCCUCUCCCGCAACACUAAGAUCGAUGACGAAGUCGCCAACAGGAUCUCGAAAGCCAUUCAAGCCUUCGGUCGCCUCCAAUGCACAGUGUGGAAUCGCCACGGUCUUCAGAUGAGCACGAAUUUGAAGAUGUACAAGGCCGUCAUCCUGCCGACACUGCUGUAUGGAGCGGAGACUUGGACGGUGUACACAAAGAAGGCACGCCGACUGAACCGCUUCCACCUGAGUUGUCUUUGUCACAUCCUGAGGCUAAACUGGCAGGAUCGAAUCCCCGACACUGAUGUGCGGGAACAAACGGAAAUCCUCAGCAUCAGCGCCAUACUGAGACAAAUACAGCUGCGCUGGAGCGGCCACCUGGUGCGCAUGGACGACGAGCGACUACCCAAAUGACUCUUCUACGGAGACGUCGCGACGGGUUCUCGCCGUCAAGGAGGCCAAAUUCGCCGUUACAAGGAUACCCUGAUAUCCUCCCUGAAGCGCCUGCAAACCAACACGGCCAACUGGGAAGAGCUCGCACUCGAUCGACCGAUCUGGAGGAGUACAGUGAAGACAGGCGCUGCGAUCUACGAAGCCAAUCGCAUCGCUGCCGCCAAGGCGAAACGCGAAGCCAGCAAAUCCGAACUUCGCCCAGUACGCAACUCCGCCACACAACCGCUUCCAACGUGUCCUCGAUGUCAACGGACAUUCCGGGCUCGAAUCGGACUUGUUGGACACCUUCGGAUCAACUGCACCUCUCGAACUGCACCAAUCAUCGUCCCCCCGCACGCCUCUUCCUCCCCUCCGCCGCCAACUAACUCUGACAAUUCUUCUGAACCACCAUUUCCAUCCUCCUCCUCCACCUCCUACUCCUCCUCCUCCACUGCUCCACUGCUCCAACGACGGCCACUCAGGAGACUGUCACGCGCGCAACAACCGACACCACUACCACCACCUCCCCCGACUCCAGCGAUCAGGAUCAGGACUACACCAGGGCCUGGAGCACUAACCUAUACCCACCAAACUCGACUCAACUGCCCACACUGCCCUCGCACCUUCAGGCAUCGCAUGGGCCUAUUCGGCCACAUGCGCAUCCACGAGAGCGGCAUUGACCGCAACUCCGAAAGACAUCCAACACAUUCAUCAUGCCCAGCCCCACCCUCGCUCCAUCCGUCUGCGCCGCCACCACCACCAUCACCAUCACCGCCUCCCCCGUAG